AUGCACACAGUUGUAACUUCUUACUAUGGCUCAUUUCAGAGGGAGUGCCUGUCUAUCCACAUUGGCCAAGCCGGUAUCCAGAUUGGGGGUGCUUGCUGGGAGCUCUAUUGCCUGGAACAUGGAAUCCAGCCAGAUGGUGUUGUUCUCGAUGGUGGUCAGGAUCCGCUGGCACCUGCUAAAACAGAGCCCAUGGGUGCAUCUUUCGAUUCCUUCUUUUGUGAGACCAGAGCUGGGAAGUAUGUGCCCAGAGCACUCUUCAUGGACCUGGAGCCUACUGUCAUAGACGGUAUGCGUGCAGGCAGCUACCGCUCACUCUUCCACUCUGAGCAGCUCGUCAGUGGAAAAGAAGAUGCUGCAAACAACUAUGCCCGAGGUCGCUACUCUGUGGGGCCGGAGGUCCUCGACUUGGUGCUGGAGAGGAUCCGCAAGCUGGCGGAACACUGCAGUGGGCUUCAGGGGUUUCUGAUCUUUCGAAGCUUUGGAGGAGGCACUGGAUCGGGAUUUACGUCUCUCUUGUUGGAGCAGCUCUCCGCAGAAUACAGUGGGAAGACUAAAUUGGAGUUCUCCGUCUACCCAGCCCCUAGGAUCUCAACCGCUGUAGUGGAGCCUUACAACUCCAUCCUCACCACCCACCCCACCAUAGAGCACGUGGACUGUACCUUCCUGGUGGACAACGAGGCCAUCUACAACAUCUGUCAUGGCAAACUUGACCUUGAACGCCCCUCUUAUGCCAGCAUCAACAGGCUGAUCAGCCAGGCAGCAUCUUCCAUCACUGCCUCCCUCCGGUUUGAAGGCAUCCUGAAUGUGGACCUGAUCGAAUUCCAGACCAACCUGGUGCCUUACCCGCGGAUACACUUCCCAGUGACCAGCUUCGCCCCCAUCCUGUCUGCUGACAGCACCCACCACAAGGAGCCCUCUGUGUCGGACAUCACAGCUGCAUGCUUUGAGCCCUCCCACCAGCUAGUCAGGUGUGACCCUUGCCUGGGAAAGUAUGUGGCCUGCUGCCUGCUCUACAGAGGGGAUGUGGUCCCCAAGGAGGUGAAUGCAGCGAUUGCGGCCACAAAGUCGAGGAACUCUGUUCAGUUUGUAGACUGGUGUCCGACUGGAUUCAAGGUGGGCAUCACUGAUGGACCUCCCCGGGAGGUGCCAGGAGGGGACCUGGCCGAGGUCCAGCGGGCAGUCUGUAUGCUGAGCAACAGCACGGUAGUCGCAGAGGCCUGGGCCCGUCUGGGCCACAGAUUUGAUCUCAUGUUUGCUAAGAGGGCGUUUCUGCACUGGUACAUCAGGGAGGGCAUGGAGGAAGGUGAGUUCGUAGAGGCCAGGGAGGACUUGGCGGUCCUGGAGAAGGAUUAUGAGGAAAUGGGGAGAAGUCUCUGA